AUUUCACUCUCUCUCUGACCUUCCCCCAAUUCUAGUCUCCACCGCCAUUAUCAUCAUCCUCGAGACAAGGGAAUUUGACUUUAUCCCUCAUAUGUGUCAUGCUGGCAUCUUCUUGUCUUUUUCAAGAACAAAGAUACAUGAAUCAUGGAAGAAUGAUAUCCCUUUACAUCUUCUCUAGAUAAAGUUUCUCGCCUGUGAUCUUCACAUUCACUCUGUAAGAAUACAAUUUAUAUUUGGGCCUUAGAGACUCCAUACCUGUCACUAACUAGCAAUGUCGAGCGGUGGAAAUACACAUUGGUGCUACCAAUGCCAACAACCGGUCCGGCUUCGAGGUCGUAAUCCCGUUUGCCCAUAUUGUUCCGGGGGAUUCGUGCAAGAACUAAGCGAGGUGGUGGAACCCGCACAACCGCACAUUGGGCAUACUCACGCACACGGGCCUUCUGAGAUUAUGGAUGUUUUUGCCGAGUUGAUAAGCCAAAGAAUGGCUGGAAGAAAUCUGGGUUUUGAUAUGAGGAGGCGGUCGAGACUCGUCCCUGAACAGGGUGCGGUUCCGUGGUUCGUAUUUGACGGUCAAGGCCCGACUCGGAUGCCUGUCGAUGAUAGAUUCGAGGUCUUCUUCAACGGUGCACCACCGGGUCCUAGACGGGCUAAUGUCGGUAAUUUCUUUAUGGGUCCUGGGUUACAGGAGCUAUUUGAACAACUUUCGAUGAACGAUGGCAGGCAGGGCCCGCCACCAGCGACCCAAUCAGCAAUCGAUUCUAUGCCCACUAUUAAGAUUACAAAUAGACACGUGAACACUGAUUCUCACUGCCCGGUUUGUAAAGAUAAGUUUGAGUUGGGGUGCGAGGCUAGACAAAUGCCGUGUAACCAUAUCUAUCAUUCGGGUUGCAUCGAGCCGUGGUUGGUACAGCAUAAUUCUUGCCCCGUGUGUCGGGUGGAGCUUCCGGCUCAUGGUGCAAGUAGGGGGAGUAGUAGUGGUGGCGGUGCCACCACCACCGCCGCCGGUGGUGGUGGUGGUAGUGAAGAUGAUGGCGGAUCCAGGCGGGGAAGGAGGACUGGGUUGUCGUUUUUGUGGCCAUUUGGGUAGUGAAAUGAAAAAAGCAGUUGGAAGUCGGUUUGGGUUUUGAUUAUGUGUAUGUUGCUAUAAUAUAUAAAAUGUUAAUCUCCUAUAAAUGAUCAUAUAAUUUACUCUAUCAAAGCUAGAAUACUGAAAUUGAUACCGGUUUUUGCUA